AUGUCAACAAGUAUACAGAAAGCAGCUUUAUGGAAGAUUAAUGAAAAAGUUAUAGAAGAAAAUUGCGACUCGUGUGCUGGAAACGGAUUAUUAUAUAUUGUUAAUUUACAAGAUCCGAAAUCAUUAACUAAAAUUAAAAUGGAAGUCAUUUAUAAUGAUGUGAAUAAAGCAAUCUACAAAUAUGGCAAACCGGAACUUAAACCAUAUGAGAAACUUAUACCAUAUGAGGUCAUGUUUGUAGAUGGCGACUCGGUUUUUAAUUUAAAAAACAUCGACAUAGUCGACGAAAAAGAAGACUAUGAAGACGAUUAUGAUGAAGAUGAUGAUUAUGAUUAUUACGAUUAUGAUGAAGAUGAUGAUUAUGAUGAUUAUGAAAACGAUUACAAUGAAGUCGAUGAAAUAGAUAAUGAAAUGGCUGUUGAAUAUGAUAAUGAUGAAGAUAAUGACGGUGAUAAAGAACCUAUGGAAAUAGACAAUUGA